AUGUUUUCUGCUGGAAAACACAUUUUUGGUAUUGAACAGCGUCUUCACAACCAGCAUCGAAAUCUCAAGUUUGUGCAAAUUCCCUGUAUCGUCUCGAGAAGAAACAACUUCAUAGAUAAUUUCCAUGCACUAGUGUUCAGAGAGUCGCUUCUUGGAAUGUUCAAAAGCUCCAGAAAUGUGCCCAGUCGCUUAAAUAAGUCUAUGAGCUUGGUUACCAUUGCCACAAUAUCAUUCAAAGAGACCGGUUGCACAGAAUUGAGAACAAUAGUGGCUUCCCUGAAUAGAUCAGUGGCCUCAUGA